AUAUAAAUACUAUGAUGAUUUCAGAACAAUCGUCAUCCAGACUUCUAUAUAUACAUAGAGUGAUUUCGCACUUAGCGAUUAUUUAGUUAAAUGAUGGAUAAGAAAAUAUUGCUUCUGCUACUGCUUGUAUUUCUUCUCGUAAUCGAGUUGGGCGAUGCGGGAAGACGCAGACGCUGGAUUACACGGCGACGUUGGAGUUCACGGCGACGUUGGCUUACUGGGCGCAGACGUCGUUGGUUCGGCAGGAGAAGGAAGACGUUGGGGUGAAAAACCAGAGGAAGGAACAGAGGAAAACCAAGAUGAAGACGAACAACUUGAAGACUUGGACAAUGAAGAGAUGUUGGGAAGUAUGAAUGACGAAAACCAAGAACUUGAAACAGAGUACAUGUACUUGUAAUGGUUGCGUUUGGAAAAUAACAAAGACAACUUUGAGUCGUUUAGGCACAGAAUAUAUAUAUAUAAACCUCUGUCGUAUAAUAUUGGGCAAAUUUAUAAGCGACAAACAGUAUAUAUCACCACUGUUGAAACUAAAGCGUGGUGAUCGCAAAACUUUUUGGAUAUAUACUUUGAAUAUUUAAUCCACAAUAUAAACCCUAUAAUAUCACGAAGGUAUAUUUGACAACAUAGUUAAAAAAAACACCGAAA